GGUUUCUCCGGUCACUCCUGCCAGGGGAGAAGACAUGUAAACGUGCCUCCAGAGGAAGGGCUGGGGGAGCUGGGAGUGGCGGGGGCGGCGGAAGGUGAGCCUGGGAAGGUGUCCGAGCGCCCCUUCUUCUUGGGCCCUUCCCAGUGCUCCCUUGGGGUGUCAGCCCCAACCCCGUUUGCCCCCACUCCGCCUCCCUUUUGGAAGGGAUUGCCUUUUUUUUUCCUCUGCGGCGGCGGAAAUGACAGUGUGGUGCUGCCGUGGUGUCAUGGUGCUGCCCCUGGACUGAGGGGCGAAAACUCUUAAGUUUAGCUCGGGAGACCCAGCCGCGGUAGCAUCGCGGCCGCCGUGCUAUCCCCUGCGGGGCGCGCGGGCUGGCGGAUCCCGGCUGCUGCGCGGCGUCGGCGACGGUAGCGGCAGCUGCAGCGAAGGCGGGCGGCGGCCUAGAGUGGUGGCGGCGGCAGCGGCGGCGACCGGGGCCCUGGAGCUCGCGCCGGAGCCCGAGCUAGCCCGCUGCGGAGGCAGACAAGCACCCAGCGCCCUCGAGCGAGCAGAGGAGAUGGCUGGCACCUGGGAACGCUAUGGGUGAAAGCCCAGCCUCCGUGGUUCUUAAUGCCUCAGGAGGAUUAUUUUCACUAAAGAUGGAAACACUGGAGUCUGAAUUGACCUGUCCAAUCUGCCUAGAGUUGUUUGAAGACCCCCUUCUGCUCCCUUGUGCUCACAGCCUCUGCUUCAGCUGUGCCCAUCGCAUUUUGGUCUCAAGCUGCAGCUCUGGUGAAUCCAUUGAACCCAUUACUGCUUUCCAGUGUCCUACCUGCAGGUAUGUUAUCUCGCUGAACCACCGGGGCCUGGAUGGCCUCAAGAGGAAUGUGACUCUGCAGAACAUUAUUGAUCGCUUCCAGAAGGCUUCAGUCAGUGGGCCCAAUUCCCCUAGUGAGAGCCGCCGGGAAAGGACUUACAGGCCCAGCACUGCCAUGUCUAGUGAGCGAAUUGCUUGUCAAUUCUGUGAGCAGGACCCGCCAAGGGAUGCAGUAAAAACAUGCAUCACCUGUGAGGUCUCCUACUGUGACCGUUGCCUGCGGGCCACGCACCCGAACAAGAAACCUUUCACCAGCCACCGCCUGGUGGAACCAGUGCCAGACACACAUCUUCGAGGGAUCACCUGCCUGGACCACGAGAAUGAGAAAGUGAACAUGUACUGUGUAUCUGAUGACCAAUUGAUCUGUGCCUUAUGCAAACUGGUGGGUCGUCACCGAGACCAUCAGGUCGCAUCCCUGAAUGAUCGAUUUGAGAAACUUAAGCAAACUCUGGAGAUGAACCUCACCAACCUGGUUAAGCGCAACAGCGAACUAGAAAAUCAAAUGGCCAAACUAAUACAGAUCUGCCAGCAGGUUGAGGUGAAUACUGCUAUGCAUGAGGCAAAACUUAUGGAAGAAUGUGACGAGUUGGUAGAGAUCAUCCAGCAGAGGAAGCAAAUGAUCGCUGUCAAAAUCAAAGAGACAAAGGUUAUGAAACUGAGAAAGUUGGCACAGCAGGUUGCUAAUUGCCGCCAGUGUCUUGAACGGUCAACAGUCCUCAUCAACCAAGCUGAGCAUAUCCUGAAAGAAAAUGACCAGGCACGGUUUCUACAGUCUGCAAAAAAUAUUGCUGAGAGGGUCGCUAUGGCAACUGCAUCUUCUCAAGUUCUGAUUCCAGACAUCAAUUUUAAUGAUGCCUUUGAAAACUUUGCUUUAGAUUUUUCCAGAGAAAAGAAACUGCUAGAGGGGUUAGAUUAUUUAACAGCCCCAAACCCACCAUCUAUCCGAGAAGAACUCUGUACUGCCUCCCAUGACACCAUUACAGUCCACUGGAUCUCGGAUGAUGAGUUCAGCAUCAGCUCCUAUGAGCUUCAGUACACCAUAUUCACUGGCCAGGCUAACUUCAUCAGCCUGUAUAAUUCAGUAGACAGCUGGAUGAUUGUGCCCAACAUUAAACAGAACCAUUACACAGUGCAUGGACUCCAGAGCGGGACUCGCUACAUCUUCAUCGUUAAAGCCAUAAACCAAGCCGGUAGCCGGAACAGUGAACCUACCCGACUAAAAACAAACAGUACGUUGUGGUAA